AUGGUGCGCAUCAUCUCCUCACUAAUCAAGACGAUCGUCUCCUUCGGGGCCCUCGCCUCCGCAUUCACCAACCCCAUCAAAAAUCCCGGAGGCAGCGAUCCCAGUCUCGUCUACUCGGGCGGAUACUACUACCUCCUGACGACGACAUGGACAGACGUGCAAAUCACCCGGGCGACCAGCAUCGAGGGUCUGAAGGACGGCGAGAAGAAGGUCGUCUAUUCGACCGACGACGCCUCGCGAUGCUGCAAUAAUUGGGCCCCGGAGCUGCACUAUCUCGGCGAUAAAUGGUAUAUCUACUACACUGCUGGGAAUGCGGAUAAUCUGGAUGGGCAGAGGUCGCAUGUUCUAGCUGGAGGUAGCACCCCCUGGGACUCCUGGUCCUACGGCGCCCAGCUAACAACAGAAUGGGGCAUCGACGCGACCGUCGUCCGCUUCAACGAAUACGGCAACUUCCUCGUCUUCUCCUGCUUCCAUGGCGUCACCUACCAGUCGCUCUGCAUGCAAAAGCUCGGCGACGACUUCAUCUCCGUUACGGGCGACAUCACCGUCAUCUCGGAACCAACCGAAGACUUCGAAAUCCACGGCACCCCCGUGCAGGAAGGUCCCGCGGCGUUGUACACAAACGGACAGACGCGGAUCGUAUACUCCGCCUCCUACUGCUGGACACAAUACUACUGCCUAGCCAGUCUGACCUGGGAUGGCACGACGAACCCCACCCAGGCGAGUGCGUGGACGAAAUCAGAUGGAUGUCUACUGGCCUCGAGCAACGGGAACUACGGCACGGGACAUAAUAGCUUCUUCCAGAUGAGGGGGGCGUGUGAUGAUCGUCGGUAUACGAUGGUGCAGCCGGUGGGGAGUAAUAGUGAUGGGACCCCGAACUUUGGGGAGGCGGCGCCGUGGACGCAGGUGUUUGAGGAGCCGAGUUCAUAG